AUGGCUCAGAACAUCCCGACCGACCCUUCGCGCCUCGGACCCGGCGGCGACGUCGCCCCGACUCCCCAGAACACGCCUGCCGUGCACACCUUGACUGGCAGCAUGAUCUCCCGCCCCCAGAUCCCGGCCACCCUGGGUGAGGAGGACGAGGGCGUCGAGACCAUCGGCAGCCGCGACGCUCAGGGCCUCGGCGCGCUCGCUGGGAACCCUGCUUUCGCCUCGCUCGUCCAGAACCGCCUCUCGGGCCUGAUCGGCCGCUCGUCGGGCUACGUCGAGUCUCUCCCUCCCGCGAUCCAGUACCGCCUGACCGCGCUCAAGGGCGUCCAACGCGACCACUCUGCCCUCGAGGCCGAGUUCCAGAAGGAGAUCUUUGAGCUCGAGAAGCGGUUCGCGGAAAAGUACCGCCCCUUGUACGAGCGUCGUCGUGCGAUCAUUGAGGGCGCGGACGAGCCCAAGGAGGACGAGAUCGAGAAGGGCGUCAAGGUUGAGGAGGAGGAGGACGAGGACGACUUUGAGGACGAGGACGAGGACGAGGACGAGGAGGAUGAGGGCGCGCACAAGAAGCAGCACGGCGUCAAGCCCACGGCCGAAGAGCUCGCCUCGGCGCCCAAGGGUAUCCCCGAGUUCUGGCUCACCGCGCUCAAGAACCACCUCGGCUUGUCGGAGCUCAUCACCGAGCGCGACGAGGAGGCUCUCAAGCACCUCGUCGACAUCCGCGUCACCUACCCCGAGGGCGGCAAGAGCGGCUUCACCCUCGUCUUUGAGUUUGGUCAGGGCGCCCAGGAGUUCUUCGAGAACAAGAACCUCGAGAAGACGUACUACUACCAGGACGAGGUUGGCUACGAGGGCGACUUUGUCUACUCGCAUGCCGAGGGAACCCAGAUCCAGUGGAAGGAGGGCAAGGAUUUGACCGUCAAGAUCGAGACAAAGAAGCAGCGGAACAAGAACACGAACCAGACCCGGAUCGUCAAGAAGGUCGUUCCUACCGAGUCGUUCUUCACAUUCUUCAACCCGCCCAAGCCUCCCUCGGAAGACGACGACGACGACGCGUCGAUCGCGUCCGACCUCGAGGAGAAGCUCGAGCUCGACUACCAGAUCGGCGAGGACCUCAAGGAGCGCGUCGUGCCCCGCGCCAUCGACUUCUUCACCGGCAAGGCUCUCCGGUUCGGACAGGAGGCCGACUUUGACAGCGAGGACUACGACGACGAGUUUGACGACGAGGACGACGACGAUGAGGAGGGCGGCCGCGCACCUGUCCCGCCGAUGGGCAACACUCCUGGAUCGCACCAGGAGCCGUCCGAGUGCAAGCAGCAGUAA